AUGUCCCAUGAAUUGGCUAAAGACAUAGUCACUACUCUGCGAACGUCGUGGAAGUUUGCUGCUAUAUGUCAAUUCUUGAUGACAUUCAAUGACGCAUUGCAGCUGCAAGAUUUUCAAACCCACCGUCUAGAGACAGCUUUUGCGCAAGAUGAUAUGUCAUAUAUCUCAUGGCUGUUCACGCAACUUCUCCGAUUUGUGUCGCAGAAUCGCUACAUAACUCAGGAGCACUGGGAAGAUGCCUUCCGCCAAUAUUGGCACACUUACCGACAACCAUCCGAACGUGCGCCGCUUGGCACACAAGAUAUACCGGUGUCAUGGAAUGCCCUCGAUACAUAUGAAAAGCUUACGUGUCUACAUGAAUUGUGCGAGUGGCAACUUGCGUGGCCAGAGCGACUGCGACGUAUGAAUGAUUCUGAUGAUGAUGCGGUCACUUGGCGUGUUCUACCUGCAGGCUGGGAUCGCGAAGGCAAUACGUAUUGGCUCUUCGAUGAUAAUCGCUUAUGGGUUCAGCGUGCUCCUCCUAAGCGCCCUAAAAGGAACCAGUCGCUAAGUUGCCAGGCCUCUUCAACUUCGAAAGCGAAAAGGCGCAAAACGAGCUCGAGACCUCCGCCCCGUCCAGCUGGCCGCCGUUCAUCACGUCUGAAUCCACAUUCAGGAGCAGACCAAAGCGAUGUCUCUGCGUCCGAAGCACCCACCCGCAACAGGGAAGAGGGCCUCUUCAAUUCUGACUCGGAUCUGUCGCCUCCAACAGAUCCUGAAAAACCAUGGACUGAAUUUGAAACAAUUUGCGUGACACGCUCUGAGUGGGAGAACUUUGCUGGGCGCUUUGAGCAUUCAAAGCAUCCAGACGAGCGAAACCUUCAUGUUUACAUUAGCAAAGAAGUUUUGCCGCCUAUUCUUGAUAUGAUUCAUGCAGAAGAGAAGAAAGCAGCACUAGAAGCGGCACUCUCGAAGCGGAAACGCAGUAGCCGCAUCGCAUUGCGUGAUAGUGAACGCGAGCAGCGAGAACGCGAGGAGGCGGAGCUCCGUGCACUAAAAGAGCGUGCUGCGGCAGCGCUGAAAGCGGAGCGCGAUCAUCAGGCGCGCGAAGAAGCUGAAUUGCAGGCGCGAAAGAGCCGUGAAGAUCGACUACGUGAGCGUGGCGAGCGCUUGCUUGCUAGAGAGCGUAUGAUAAAUGAGCGUCAAAAACGCGCAGAAGAAAGAAGUAGAGAUCCAUGGCAUCUUCGCUGCGAUAUAUGCCUCAUGGACGAGCUGAAUCCGAUUGACUCGCGGCCUGUCGUCGCAUGCGAAAAAUGUGGCGUCUGGCAACACAUGUCUUGCUGGGAUGAGCACGAUCGAAGUCAUCGUCGUCUGCCUCGACGAUGGGAUAAUGUCUCGUUCUGCUGCCAGCAUUGUAAAGCAUCGCCUAUGUUGUCUGCGCAUGCGGUGCCCGCGGCUCUUGACCAGACUGAUGAAACCGGCGCACAUACACUUCCCUCUGAACCACAAGUACCUACUACUCCUCCAAUAUCACAAACAUCCGUAUUGCACGGAUCCCGUGUUUCGUCACAAGCAUCGCCAUCCAAUGCGUCGCUUGUACGGCCUGCUUCACCAGCGCGUGUGCCUCACCUGAGUCCAAGAGGCUCAUUCCCUCUUCGAACACAUUUGACAAAGUCGCCAUUAUCUCGUGCAGUUGAACCUGAAGAUGUGCCAACACCCUUGUCUCUGCAUCGCGGAGAUCCAAACUUGCUCUUGCAAGGGCAUCCUGUCUCUCCCGUUUCUAAGGAUCAAGAGCCUGCGCCCCAGACCAGGCUUUCUUAG